AUGCGUACAGUUGUUGCAUUUAUAUUGUUAUCAAUUUGUUUAAUUCAAAAAAAUUUCGCUGCGGAUACGGUGAAGGUUACAAAUAAAGUUUAUUUCGAUAUAACGAUUGGUGGCUGGAAGGAUAGUAAUUGGACUUUUUGGUACUGUUGUACCGAAAACUUUCGAGCUCUUGCGACUGGUGAAAAAGGCUACGGCUAUAAAGGAUCGAAAUUUCAUCGUGUGAUUAAGGAUUUCAUGGUUCAAGGGGGAGAUUUUACGAAAGGAGAUGGAACAGGUGGUAAAAGCAUUUACGGUGAACGUUUCGCUGAUGAAAAUUUUGAACUUUCACAUUACGGUGCUGGUUGGGUUAGUAUGGCGAAUGCUGGUCCUAAUACAAAUGAAUCGCAGUUUUUCAUUACUACGGGGAAAGCAAGCUGGUUGGAUGGACGGCACGUGGUAUUUGGGAAGGUUCUUGAAGGUAUGGACGUCGUCCGAAAAAUAGAAUCGACUAAAACUAAAACUAGCGAUAGGCCCAUUGAUGACGUUGUAAUAGCGGAUUGUGGUGAAAUUAAAAUAUCUGCUCCAUUCGAAGUACCAAAGAAAGCCGCAGAAUGA